GAAAAUUUUGAAAUUUUCUCUCACGAGAGAGCCGUGGUGGAAAACAGGAGAGAAACUCAAACAAAUCAAAAUAUUUUGGAAAUCCCGUCCUUGACGGCUUAUCGCUAACAACCACAAAAACAGCAACAGCAAAAAUUGUUUCGGUUUUGCGUUCAGAGUUCAUACGAAGUGCAAGUGCAAAAAUGCAAGUGAUAAGCCGAACGCUCAAGUUCCACUCGACCAGAACUAUCUCCAGUUCAUUUGUCAGCACCCGUCAUCAUCCUUCCUCGGUGGCAGUCGCAUCAAGCAGAACGCUCAGCUCCGGUUCCAGCAAUAACGGUGGCCGCGAAUGGAGACGAGGUCAAUGCGGUAAUAAAACAUCCAAUGGCGGUGGAUUUGUCGGUACUGCUCUAUCGGGUUUGAUUGGUGGCCUUUAUUUCCGAACAGCCGAAGAUGAAGACUAUCAAGCAGGGCGGCGGAGAAGCUUUUCGCUGUUUCCCACCGUAACGGCGGCCACUCGGGAUCAGGACCUGAAGGGACGUCGGGCCAUGUACAACUUCAUUGCGGAUGUGGUGGACGUUUCGGCACCGGCUGUCGUGUACAUCGAGAUCAAGGACACGAGGCAUUACGACUUCUUCUCCGGCCAGCCGAUUACGGUUUCCAACGGAUCGGGAUUUAUCAUCGAGCAGGAUGGAUUAAUUUUGACCAAUGCUCAUGUGGUAAUCAGCAAACCGAACGCAAUGGUCACCGUGAAGCUUCUAGACGGACGGACGUUUCCCGGAGUAGUGGAGGAUGUUGAUCCCAAUUCUGACUUGGCCACGGUGCGCAUUAAAUGUAACAAUUUACCGGUUAUGAAGCUUGGAAAAUCGUCUGAUCUUCGUUCUGGAGAAUGGGUCGUCGCCUUGGGCAGUCCCCUUUCCCUGAACAAUACCGUAACGGCCGGAGUGGUAAGCUCCACCCAACGUGCCUCCCAAGAGCUGGGGCUCCGUGGCAAGGACAUCAACUACAUCCAAACGGAUGCGGCCAUCACGUUCGGAAAUUCGGGCGGCCCACUAGUAAACCUAGACGGGGAAGCCAUCGGUAUCAACAGUAUGAAGGUGACGCCCGGAAUCAGUUUUGCCAUCCCGAUCGAUCACGCCCGGGAGUUCCUGCAGAAGGGCGCAGACCGGCGGAAAGCCAAAGGUUUCAGUACGGAGAAGAUUCCGGUUCGGCGGUACAUGGGCAUUACGAUGCUGACGCUGACGCCGGAGAUCCUGAGGGAACUGCGCCAGCGCAGCCACAACGUGCCGGAUAACGUGCGCAGCGGGAUACUGGUGUGGAAGGUCAUUCUGGGAUCGCCGGCGCAAGUGGGAGGCCUCUAUCCGGGAGAUAUCAUCACCAGUAUCAACGGGAAACCGGUCAAAAACUCUGCCGACGUGUACGAGCUCCUAUCCGGAAAGGAUCGCGUACUUAACAUCACCAUCUUUCGCGGAGUGGAAGAGAUGAAGGUUCAAGUUACUCCCGAGGACCCAGAGUAGACCAACGCCAAAUCAAUCGAAACGACUAGGAACGCACAGCUCGGGCACUUUGUUCUGACACAUCACAUAAUUUAUUUUUUAUCGGAAAAUACGUACAGAAUUGUAUAUUUUGUUACACUGCCUGCGGAAUAUAUUUUAUACAACAAUACUA